AUGUCGAUCGGUGUUCCCAUUAAAAUUCUCCACGAGGCUGAAGGUCAUGUGAUUACAAUAGAGACGGCCACAGGUGAAGUUUACAGAGGAAAACUUCUAGAAGCAGAAGAUAAUAUGAACUGCCAAAUGUCGCAAGUUCACGUUACUUACAGAAAUGGACGGACUGCUCAACUAGAACAUAUUUUUAUCAGAGGAUCAAAAGUCCGCUUCUUUAUUCUACCUGAUAUGCUUAAAAAUGCGCCGAUGUUUAAAACAAUGCAGCGUGGAGGUCAGAAGGGUGUUGGCAUGGGAACUGGAAGAGGAAAGUCAGGAAUUCUUAGAGCUCAAGCGGCUGCUGGUCGUGGUCGAGGAAGAGGCAUGGGCGGUGGACGCGGAGGUCCCCCUGGAAGUGGACGGGGUGGACCUGGAAGAGGGGGCUACUGA